UCUCUCUCUCUCUCUUCUUUAUCAGUAUGAGUAAGAUGGAUAUGUCUCCAGGGGGAAACAUGCCUCUAAUGCCUAAUGGCACAAGCAAUAUGCACUAUUACAUGAUGCAGAUGAGUUUCUACUGGGGCAAAGAUGCCACAGUGCUUUUCCAUGGUUGGCCUGGUAACAGUGUUGGCAUGUACAUCUUGGCCAUCAUAUUUGUGCUUUUGUUAGCCAUGGCUAUUGAGGUUUUAUCAAACCAACCACUCAUUAAACCAGGGACAAGUCCCCUUGUGGGAGCACUCAUGCAAGGUUUUGUUCAGUUUUUUCGCAUCAGCUUCGUUUACAUGGUGAUGCUUGCUGUCAUGUCAUUCAAUGGGGGAAUAUUCAUAGCUGCUGUGAUCGGCCACACCUCGGGGUUCUUCAUAGCCAAAUCUCGUGCUCUUGCUCUCGUCAAUAAGGAAGAAGACAAAGGGUCUUCCUCGGUUAGGAACAAUGUUUGAUCUUUUCUGUAAUAUGUGUUUAUCAACUGACAUGGUUUUGUCAAACCUUAUUUUUCCUAUUAUAUGCUUCCUUUGUUAAACUUCUUCUACUGUAUGUGUUUUCAUCACUUUCUAGCCUGUGGAUAUAUAAUUCUCUCAAUUAAGCCA